CACUAACUCACACACUCGACCCCAACACCACACUAACUCACACACUCGACCCCAACACCACACUAACUCACACACUUGACAUAGAAGAAUCCAACGACACAAUGACUGAACUUUUUGACACAUUAAGCCUGAUUGACGAUGAAAACAACGGGACUCUCCUAAUUGAUCAAAAAGGGGAAGAGGACAGCGAAUUCCUGGUCUAUGCAGAAGAGGAAGACAACUGGCCAUUAGACUACGACGAGUGUUCCUAUAACGACACCCUCCAAGACGACGAAGACGACGGAGGGAACCCCGCAGAAGACCUCGCCGACUUGAAGGAGGCUUAUGAGAACAUUCUGGAACACGUAGUGGGUGACCGCCAGUCUGACCCUGAUGAUAUAAGGGUGAGAGCUUAUGUGGUGGUGAGGAAGGUGCUGGUGGUGAUGGAUGAUACCCUGACCCCACUCUGGGAGGACGAGGCAGUAAAUGAGACUACUGGAGAAGAUGCUGAUGAUGAGACAACGUUGGUGGAAGACGUGGGUCUUCUUGAAAAAGUUUUGGAGACUGACGGUAAUGACACUGACGACAUUCAAGUAUUGGAGGAGGCUGGAAGUAGCGCUAAUGGCACUGAUGAAGUGAUGGGAGAGAGAGUGAUGCUGGGGGGCUGGAACACCACCUUCAACGUGUCCUCCCCACGAGUCAGAGAGGCGGAGGUGUCUCGAAUGACGGAGGAGACGGUGGUGGAAGGCGCCAGGGUGAGGCUGGUCUGCAAUGUUACCGGGGUACCGCACUACUGGGUCGAGUGGCGGCGAGAGGCUAACCUGACCUUUCCUGAUGGGUCGAUCAUGAUGGGAGGUCAAUCAGUGCUGCUGGAGUACGUGGGGAGGGAGGACGCUGGCAUCUAUGUCUGCACGGCUCGCAACUCACUCGGUCGUACACACUCCACUGCCCUCACCAUCCAUGUACACUACCCGCCGGUGGUUGGCGUGUGGGCGCGAGACGUGGGCGUGUCUGACGUGGAGUUGGGAUGUCUAGUGGAGGGUAGACCACGCCCAUCUUUAGCCUGGUACAGGAACAACACUCGCCUCUCACCUCCUUCCUGUCACGGGAAUGUGGAGCUGCAUUCAUCAGUGUUGUCGCCAGCUUUCCUGUUGGCCAUUGUUCGCGUGAGCAACACCAGUGAGGCAGACUUUGCUUACUAUCACUGCCGUGCCACAAACUCUGUAGGCAUCUCCCGCGCCUACGUUAUGCUACACGAUGACUCAGGGGGAAUGAGCCUCGAUAAACUGAAGCCCAAGGUGGUGACCAAGUACAGAGCUGUGGAGAACCCCCGCCUCGCCUCCUUCCUGGUGGGGAUGGUCCCGCCGCUCUACAUCGCCCUCUACAUCAUCGCGUACCUGGGCUGCUACAAGACUUCCCUGACGGGCGGUGGUGGACACGGCAGGUUCGGUACUAGUAUGGAUUUAGACCAAUGAAUAAUAGAGAAAUUCAUGAUGAUUUUGUUUAAAUUGUUCUGUAUAUUGUAUGUCACUGUGUAAGACAAACCUUCUAGUUGUUAGUACAGGUGUGUGUGUGGCUGAUAUCAGGAUGGAUUAUAAUAAAGACAAUAUUUAUUGUAGUUUUAUCCUUAAUUUAACAUUUGAGAGCGUAUUAUGUGUAUAAUUAGUCUCAUUUGUCAGAACGUAACAUAACGUAAUCAAGGAGUUUCAACUUUGUCUUGAUUAAGAGUUAACCCUUCACCAGACCAUAUUAACUAAAUUUCCGUGUAACCUUUAGCCUGACUGAACCACCAGAGAUCACUACUGAACCUUUAUCACGGCAAAACUAUCUCAGAUCACAAGUAACCCUUGCCAUGACUAAACACACACAUUUCACUACAAGCACAAUAAGCUAGUUAAGACCUCCUGCUGCUUCAGGAUAUCCACGACAUUUCUGGUUGUCCUACACCAGUUUUCCCAUGUAAGGACGGCCACCUAACAUUCUGAGGUCAUCAUCCACAUCAUCAAUUAAUUCAUUCUUGAAAGUUUGCCCCAACAUCAUUUUUUCACAUUAUGUGUCCUGUCCAACUCUCCUCUUGAUGGACGAGAUCACUAGCUUCCUUUACUUUACUUUUACUUUUGUCCUUUUCACCACUGAUCGGCUCAUUAGCCGUUUGGGCGAUCGGUCACAUCUCUGUUACGCACCGUU